CUUUCUUCUGCCUCCUCCUCCGCCUCCUCCUUCUGUGUGUCGGUGGAGAUGCGCGGCGCGUCAGGAGGAUUAGAAAAACACGCGCAGGCAGCGGAGCAGCGGAGGCUGAGGAGGAGGUGAUCGGGCUCACAGACAGACCCGCAGACAGACCCGCAGACAGACUCAGCCCUCAGACCAGAUUCAGCAGAUUCGGUGGAUCCGGUGUGAACACAGAACCGUCGGGUUUGUCGGGAUGGAGAGCUGCUGCCGCCGGUGAGGGAGGCUCCGGAGCUCCGCGAGAACAACAGGUCCUGAGUCAGUUGAGUCCAUCUUCACCUCCAAAGUCUUGACACCCAUCAAAGAGCUGGAGCCGAGACGAUCAAGCAUGGACGUGCCCAGGAUGGCCGAGGGCCUCUUCAGCAGCACGCUGUCCUCGUCAGGUGGCGGCCAUCACGUGCCUUCCUACCUGACGCUGGAGCAAAAGGCCGCCUUCGUCUUUGUGCUGCUCCUCUUCAUCUUCUUGGCCCUCCUCAUCGUGCGCUGCUUCCGCAUCCUGCUGGACCCGUACCGCAGCAUGCCCUCGUCCAACUGGACAGACCACACCGAGAAGGACACGUUUGAUUACCGCAUUGUCUGAGGAGCUCGACGCUGCAGCUCUUUUGCACAAGGAAGGCAAGUAAAGGACCCGACGACGGCAGAUUCACCAGGGAGACUUCAGGAAACUUUCUGAAUGUUUGAGUGUAAAGAGCUUCGAUGGCGGAUUGUUGUCAUAAUGAGUCCAACAGCUUCUCCCUGCCAAACCUGAAACUUAUAACUUUAACAAGACAAGCAGAACUAUGCUGCCAAGACUAGAGCCAGUUAGGGUUUCCAUCACUCCCAGUCCCUCCGAACACUUCCAGUUCCUCCUAUCACCCCCUCCCAACACCCCCAGUCCCUUCCAGCACUCCCUCCCAUCAGUUCCUGCCAUCAAUUCCUCCCAUCAGUCCCUCCUAGUUGUCCCAUUUCCCCCCAUCAGUCCCAGUUUCUUCCAUCAGACCCAGUUCCCCCCAU